AGAACAAUUAUGUAUUAAAAAUAUAAUUAUAAUUAAAAAUUUUGAAAGAUAUCAUGAGCAUGAUAAAGAUACAGUUUAUAAACCGACAUAUAAUAUUGAAAAAGACACAAUUGAAAUUUUAUUUAAGAAUGAGUUAUCACCAGGAAAUUACACCUUAAAUAUAAAAUAUUUUGGUAUUGCUGAUAAAGUCUUUAGAAUUUUCGAUGUGAAAGAAGAAUCUACUUGGGUAGGUGGUGUGCAUUUCCUGAUAAUAGUCGUCCUACCAUUUUCUGAAUAUUAUUCAUGUUUGCAUCCACAUGAACUAUGGUUCAAAGCAACCUUUAACAUAUCUGUAGGAUGUAAUCAAUGCACGGUUAUGACAAAUAUGCCAUUGCAAAAUAUAGAAGUAGAUGAGAACAAUAUGGAAUGGAAGCACUACAAUACCACACCUCUAAUGCGGACUGAUCACGCAACAAUAAUUGUGUCUAAUUACCUAAUCCCUAGUGAUAUAAAAACUCGCAAUAUUGAAAAGCGGUGCGGUCAUGGAUUGAACAUAGAAACUGGGAAAAUUACAGAUCAAAAUAUUAUGUACAUAUCCUGUCUUGAUAGCAAAAUUCAAAACAUUACAAUAUGGUGCAGAAACGAAUUGCAAUUUUACAUGGAAUAUACAGAAAAUGUAAUUAAAAAUAUCACGUUGUUUCUAAAUAAUAAUUGGAAACAUUCGAACAUUAUUUCGAAGGUGGAUCAUGUUGCAAUUCCAAAUUUUCAUGACAAAGGCACAAUAGUUUUCGGACUUGUUUUUUAUAAGGAAACCGAUAUCAUCUACGAUAAAAAUGUAUAUCCUGUUGCUCACAAAAUCGAAGUAGCUCAAUUAGUAGGACGUAAAGUGACACAACAAUGGUUUAAUAACAUGAUGAACAAUCCGUUAGUGUCGGAUUUUUGGUUUAAAGACGGUCUUAUUACAUUGCUUGCAACGUAUUCUGUCAAUAAGAUUUAUUCUGAUGACAGAAUAAUAAAUUUAUUUGUAGUUCAAGAUCAACAUUACUGUUUUAAUUUGAAUGGUUUUCAUAUGUGGCCUUCUACUUCACAAGAUGACAGUUUAUUGAAAAUUCGCAAAUCUAUCACAGCACCUUUUAUAUUGCGCAUGUUGCAACACGCCCUCACCGAAGAAACAUUUUGGAAAAGCAUUCGCUCAUAUAUAAAUAGCACUCUUCAAAUUCAUGAAUUUCCGGAUCAAAUUGUUGCUGUGGCAGAAGAACCAUAUAUUGCUAUAGAAAUAAUGAAUAUACGGUAUAAAGAACCGUAUUGUCCUAUCAUAAAAAUAACACAAAAUUAUAUUAUGAGCGAAGCAAAUGUAUCGAUUAAAGAUAACGACAAAUUAAAAAUUAAUUGCCUUCCUGUAACUUUUACUACGCAAACGUCUUUGGAUUUUAACAAUUUUACUCAUCAUAUGGUAUGCAAGGAAAAAGAUUGGAAAUUAUCAUUACCAUUUAAUGAGGAUGGUUGGAUAAUAUUUAAUAUACAACAAAUUGGAUAUUAUCGCGUUAACUAUGAUGAAGAGAAUUGGCAAAGAAUUACAAAUUAUCUACACUCCCAUAAUUACAAGAAAAUUCAUGUUCUUAAUCGUGCCCAAAUUAUCGAUGAUGCAUUUAAUUUAAUGAUAGCAGGCCAUCUCCGUUCCUAUAUAUUUUGGAACAUUACAUCGUAUUUGCAUCAAGAAGAAGAUUAUAUAGCAUGGUAUCCUAUGUUUAAAGCUCUGGAAUAUAUAUGUAGUUCUUUUCCAGUGUUGAAGAAGAAACUAGAUAUUAUACG